UUCUCUGCAUCCUUCACUUCCAAGCACAGCUCGCCCUCGCCCUGUGAGUUUCCUGACUUCAUCAAUGGAUAGGCUCUUCGCCGGUCUCCUUGGCUUCCUACUGAUUGCGUCGGUGGGAAGCCAUGCAGCUCGGGCUCCGGAGCAGUACUGGGAGUCUGCUCUUCCCAACACUCCCAUGCCGAGCUCCCUCUCUCAACUCCUCAGCGCUCCAGCCGGAGGCACGUCGGUAAACGUCGGCUCGGGCGGCGUCCAUGUCGACGCGGCUCAUGGGAAGCCCGGUGGCACCACGGUUGAUGUUGGCAAGGGUGGCGUUGGUGUCAACGUCAAGGCCGGCAGCGGCAAGCCCAGCGGGACUACUGUCGGCGUCGGCAAGGGCGGCGUGGAUGUCAACGUCAAGCCUGGAUACGGCAAGCCCGGUAGCACCACCGUCGGCGUUGGGAAAGGCGGAGUGGGCGUCAACGUCAAGCCUGGCUACGGCAAGCCCGGCGGCACCACCGUCGGCGUUGGGAAAGGCGGAGUGGGCGUCAACGUUAAGCCUGGCUACGGCAAGCCCGGCCGCACCACGGUUGGAGUAGAGGGAGGCGGCGUGGGCGUGAACGUCAAGCCUGGCUACGGCAAGUCCGGCGGCACCACGGUCGGCGUCGGGAAGGGCGGUGUCGGCGUGAACGUCAAGCCUGGCUACGGCAAGCCAGGCGGCACCACGGUCGGCGUCGGCAAGGGCGGCGUCGGCGUCCACGUGAAACCCCGCCGCGGGAAGCCUGUCAACGUCAACGGUAAUCCUUUCAUAUACAACUAUGCCGCGACGGAGACGCAGGCGCACGACGACCCCAGCUCCGCGCUCUUCUUCCUCGAGAAGGACCUCCACGCCGGGAAGACGAUGGACGUCCACUUCACCGCCACCGCGGGCGCCGGCGAGAAGUUCCUGCCGCGGAGCGAGGCGGACGCCAUCCCGUUCUCUUCCGAGAAGGUCCCCGAGAUCCUCAGCCGCUUCUCCGUGGAGCCGGACUCCGCCGAGGCGGCGGAGAUGGCGCAGACGCUGCGGGACUGCGAGGCGACGGCCGCCAAGGGCGAGAGGAAGUCGUGCGCCACGUCGCUGGAGUCCAUGGUCGACUUCGCCACGUCCAGCCUCGGGACCAGCCGCGUCAGGGCCGUCUCCACUGUCGUCGGGAAGGAGGGGUCGCCGAAGCAAGAGUACACCAUGACCGGCGUGAAGCGCGCGGCGGGCGGCGCCGACCAGCUCGUGGCCUGCCACGCGGAGCCGUACGCUUACGCCGUGUUCGCGUGCCACCUGACGCGGGCGACCAGGGCGUACACGGUGUCGAUGGUCGGCAGGGACGGCACGGCGGUGGAGGCCGUCGCCGUGUGCCACGCCGACACCGCCGGCUGGAACCCCAAGCACGUCGCGUUCCAGGUGCUCAAGGUGAAGCCCGGCACGGUCCCGGUCUGCCAUUUCCUGCCGCAGGACCACGUCGUCUGGACCCGCAGCGGCUGAACACGUAUGCUCCCUUCGUAAGCAACACUAUGCAGUUUCAGUGCUUUGGAGCCUUGGUUCGUUAUGUUCUAGCCUCUACAGAUACUGCUAUACGGUAUCUUGCAUACAGUUUAGUUGAUGCUACUUUGUUGUACUUGGAUGGCGUUGCCAGUAUCGCCCGCUUAUACGGUGUGAGCUAUUUACUGUAUAGUUUAGCACGAUGACGCAAUAAACGGACUGGUACUACUUGUUUA